UUCGAACAUUUUGAAAAGUAUUUAAAAAAAAAUUGCUACACGUAAUUUACACGAUGUAAAUUAUUACCAAAUGACUCACUAAAUGUAGUUCUACCUUUCCACUUCAAGUGAAAACAAGUCAUGUCUGGUGGUUUCUUUUGGUACGACUACCUCAUAUUUUUCAUAGUGUUAGCAAUUAGUUCCGGUACCGGAAUUUAUUAUGGCUGUUUUGGAAGCAAGCAAAAAACAGUCAAAGAGUACCUUUUGGGAGGCAAAAAAAUGUCAACUCUACCAAUCGGAGUUUCGGUAGCUGUAAGUCACUUUUCGGCAAUUAUCAUAAUGGCAGCACCGGCCGACAUGUACAAAUUUGGAGCGUCUUACAAUUAUACUAUGAUUAGCGUAGUACUGCUGGGAUUAAUAGCAAUUUUUGUCUUUUUCCCCGUUUUUUUCAAACUGCAAGUUACCAGCAUUUACGAGUAUUUGGAAAAACGAUUCGAUCAUAAAACAAAACUUCUGGUGUCGUUUUUGUACAUGGUGACGGAGUUUGUUUUGAUCUCUAUUAGUACUUACGCACCGUCACUGGCAUUUGCAGCCGUUACUGGCUUUCCUAUUUCGUACAUAAUUAUCUGUGUAUUUGGCACUUGUAUUUUCUACACUACUAUUGGAGGCUUGAAAACCGUAGUUUGGACUGAUAUUUUCCAAGUUGUGCUUGUUCUAUUAUCUUUACUUAUAAUUUGUGUAAUCGGUUUAAAUACCACUGGAAAUUUUUCAUCGCUGUGGAAAACAGCACUCGACGGUGGAAGACUCGAUAUUUUGAAUUUUAAUUUAGAUCCAACGGAUCGUGACAGUUUUUGGUCGUACGUGAUUGGUUUUACGUUAUAUUGGACAAAUUACGUGAGUCUUUCACAAUCCGGAGUUCAAAAAUUUCUAGCGCUACCAACAUUUCGUGAAUGGAUUUGGGCAGUGGUAUUUUAUGUGAUAACAAUGGAAAUUGUGAAAAUAUUUUGCUUUUUGCUGGGCCUUUUAAUCUAUGCACAUUACGCAAAUUGUGAUCCUUUUAUAAGUGGAAAAAUACAAAGACACGAGCAGUUAUAUCCAUACUACGCUAUGGAAAUCGCUGGACAAAUUCCCGGAGUCAUUGGAUUUACUUUAGUCGGAUUGUUCUGUGCUACUAUGAGUACAAUAUCAUCAACUUUAAAUGCCAUUUCUGGUGUCGUUUACAAAGAUUUCCUUUCGCGAUUUUUAAAAAGCAAUAUUACCGAAAAAACGUCUGGUAGAAUUUUGAGAGUGACUGUUGUCAUUGCUGGUAUUUUAAGUAUGCUUCUAAUACUGAUUUUGCAACACUUGGGGGAUAUUCUCCCUCUCGUAGCCAGUGGAGCUUCCGUAGGAAGUGGACCAGCAUUUGGUGUAUUUUGUUUAGGUUUUCUUUUCCCGAAAGCUAACGCCAAGGGUGCAUUUUACGGAGGUCUUGUGUCGUUUAUAUUUCAACUUAUCGUAUUCGUUGUCUCCAAAAUGUAUCGAUACAAAAAAAUCAUUGUUGAUGUUCAUAAACCGUUUUCUGUGAGUGGAUGUGAAUGGACUAAUGCUUCUUUGGUGAAUAACAAUUUUAUAAAGCCAAAUAAUGUUACUUUAAAUUCAGAGUUUAGGUUUUUUUAGGUUUAGGUUAACAAACAAGAACGAUCCCCCAGUUGAUAAAGAAUUGUUAAGUCCUGUAAUUCAUCGUUUCUUGACAAAAGAAACUAAAUUCAAAAUCGAUCGUCGGGAAUUGAAAGUUCUGAUGACGAAAGAAUCCAGUACUCAAGAAAAAUAAAUGA